AUUUCCUGUUUCUUAGGUCUUUAUCUAAAAAUAAGAGAAGCUUGGAGGUGAUGGAUGGGGUGUGCCCUGGGUCCUGGGCUCCUUUCAGACCACAGCCCUUAGGGAAACGGAUUGUAUGUUUCUGGUUUCUCCCCUCUCCAGAGCGCUUUGUUCCAGACAUGCGUGGCCUCAGACUCAUCAUGAUACCAGCUGAACUGCUGCUCCUUUGCUACCUCCUGCUACGCCCUGCCGAUGCCGCUUCAUAUGGAAACCAAACAAAUGUCCUGAUGCACCUUCCAUCGUCCUCGGAAUCCUGGCUACCUUCCUCAGACCCCUUGUCCUGCCAGACCCUGCUCCCAAAGUCCCUGCCUGGCUUCACCCACAUGGCCCCUGUACCCAAGUUCCUGGUAGGCCUGUCACUGGUGAUCGCCUUGGAGAAAGCUGGCUGCCACACUGAUGUACGGACCCUGCAGCGUCAGCUGUACCGCCAGGGCAGUGUCAACACUACACAGAUCCUCAUCCGACAUCUUCAAGGGCUUGAGAAAGGCAGAAGCACAGGGAGGGCAGUGUCAGUGGAUGCCCUGGCCUCUGCUCUGCAGCUGUUGGCCAGGGAGCAGCCAGGCCAAGAGAGGGCCCGACGCUCCCUCCCCAUCAAGCACUGUGAGCAUGAGAAGGAGCAAGUUGUGCACAAUAUAGUCAGGCUGUUGCCCGGAGUGGGAACCUUCUACAACCUGGGCACAGCUUUGUAUUAUGCUGCUCAGAACUGCUCCGACAAGGCCAAGGAACGAGGCCAAGAUGGGGUCAUAGAUCUGGGUUAUGAUCUUCUCAUGACCAUGGCUGGACUGUCAGGAGGGCCCACGGGACUGGCGAUCAGUGCUGCCCUUAAACCUGCAGUGAAGGCCGGAGUUCAAAAGUUGAUCCAGUAUUACAAUGAGAAAGAGGCAAACACCCCUCUGCCAGAGACCAGCACGGAGGGCCUGGGGGGCACCUCAGGCGUGAGUGACCUGGAAGAAACAACUACCAUGACCCCUUUGGUGUCAGAAGUAUAUCCAACUCCUUACUGGGUAUGGGCCGUAUACAACAGCUAUGACUAA